AUGAACGCCAGCGGCCCAGGCUAUCCGCUCGCCUCGCUCUACGUGGGCGACCUGCACCCCGACGUCACCGAGUCCAUGCUCUACGAGAAGUUCUCGCCCGCCGGCCCCAUCCUGUCCAUCCGCGUGUGCCGCGACGUGGCCACCCGCCGCUCGCUGGGCUAUGCCUACAUCAACUUCCAGCAGCCGGCCGACGCGGAGCGGGCACUGGACACGAUGAACUUUGAGGUGAUCAAAGGCCAGCCCAUCCGCAUCAUGUGGUCCCAGCGAGACCCUGGGCUGCGCAAGUCAGGUGUGGGCAACGUCUUCAUCAAGAACCUGGAGGGCUCCAUUGACAACAAGGCCUUGUACGACACCUUCUCUGCCUUUGGGAACAUCCUCUCUUGCAAGGUGGUGUGUGACAGAAAUGGGUCCCGAGGCUUUGGCUUCGUCCACUUUGAGACCCGUGAGGCUGCACGGCAGGCUAUCGACACCAUGAACGGGAUGCUGCUGAAUGACCGCAAAGUCUACGUUGGCCACUUCAAGUCCCGACGCGAGCGAGAGGCAGAGCUGGGGGCUCAGGCGAUGGAGUUCACCAACAUCUACGUGAAGAACCUCCAUGCGGACGUGGACGAGGGGGCCCUGCAGGGCCUCUUCUCGCCGUUUGGGAAGAUGCUGAGUGUGAAGGUGAUGAGGGACAGCGGCGGCCACUCCCGGGGCUUUGGCUUUGUCAACUUCGAGAAGCAUGAGGACGCCCACAAGGCGGUGGCGGCCAUGCACGGGAAGGAGCUGAGCGGCCGGCUGCUGUACGUGGGCCGGGCCCAGAAGCGCGUGGAACGGCAGAAGGAGCUAACGCGCCGGUUCGAGCAGAUAAAGCAAGACCGGCUGAACCGCUACCAGGGCGUGAACCUGUAUGUGAAGAACCUAGAUGACUCCAUCGACGACGAGAAGCUGAGGAAAGAGUUCUCUCCCUACGGAGUGAUUACCAGUGCGAAGGUGAUGACAGAGGGUAGCCACAGCAAGGGGUUUGGCUUUGUGUGUUUUUCCUCUCCAGAAGAGGCGACGAAGGCCGUGACAGAGAUGAACGGGCGCAUUGUUGGCACCAAGCCGCUGUACGUGGCGCUGGCCCAGCGCAAAGAGGAGCGGAAGGCCAUCUUGACCAACCAGCACAUGCAGCGUCUGUCCACCGUGCGGGCCCUGAGCGGCCCCCUGCUGGGCUCCUUCCAGCAGCCCACUAGCUACUUCCUGCCCGCCGUGCCCCAGCCGCCAGCCCAGGCUGCCUACUACGGCUCCGGCCCCAUAGCGCCCAUCCAGCCGGCCCCCAGGUGGACGGCCCAGCCGCCUCGCCCCUCCUCCACCUGCCACCCGGCUUCCUCCAUGAUCCAGCCCCCCCCCUCAUCUUGGCACCCCCCGGCCCAUGUCAGCAACGUGAGGCAGGCCUCCACCCAGGCGCCGCACCCGGUGCCCCACACCCAACGAGUGGCCGACAUCGGCACCCAGACCACAGGGCCCUGUGUGGCAGGAUGCUGCAUGCCAGGAGGCCCACUCCUGACGCACAGAUGUCUUGCGGCAUCACACGCCACCUGCGGGGCCUGGGAGCCCGCGGCGCACGCCACGCGACAGAAGCCCCUGACAGCGUCCAUGCUGGCCGCCGCGCCGCCGCACAAGCAGAAACAGAUGAUUGGUGAGCAUCUCUACCCCCUCAUCUACGACGUCCACACGCAGCUGGCUGGCAAGAUCACGGGCAUGCUGCUGGAAGUCGACAACUCGGAGCUGCUGCUGUUGCUGGAGUCGCCAGAGUCCCUCCACGCCAAGGUGGACGAGGCUUUGGCAGUGCUGCAGGCGCAUCAGGCCGUGGAGCAGACGCAAGUCGUGCCCUGAUGUCAGGUGGGUGGGCGACGAGCAGCUGAGCCCCGAAGCUGCGAAGACCUUGCCGGGACUUCCACCAGCUCCCUGAGAAACUGUGGCACUGUUUUUCUGAGGCGCCAAGGAAGGCGUCUGGGGGAAGUUGAGGGUCAAAGGGGAGACAAGCUUGGCGCUGAGAGCGGGCGCUGACGCGACUGCAAGCGAAGAUGUCCCGGCAGCCGCCCUCCGGGCCGACUCAGAAGGGGCUGGGAGCUCCCUGGGCCCGGCCUGCCUGGGCCUCCUCGCUGUUCUCGGGGGAAGGCUGGGCGCCUGCUGUUCUUGGAAACACUUUUUACUUUUCACGCCCAGUAAACGGAACCCUCACC